GCGACGCGCUGAGUGCGGAGCGAGGAGACGCGCUGCAUACCAACAGAGACAUACGGAGAAGGCUAAUUUUUGGCCAGGACGCACACAGACCCCAUCCCGCUCUGUGCCAAAAACAAAUUUAUAUCUGGUCAUUGGACAGUUUACAUUUUAACCUUUCUUCUCAUGCAUUUUCUAAAAUAUUUUUUCUGUCCUUCAGUGAACUAAAAAGCCAAUCAAGUGUCUGGGAUAUUUGUUCUUUCUGCUGUAUUUUUUUUUCUGGUUGAGGGAUUCUGCUCCGAAGAAGAUAAACAGCCCUACCCACCCCUCUCUCUCCAACGGGAGUCACCAAAAGGAAAAGUCAAGACUGAUGUUUUCAUCCACUCACAUGUAGAAGCGUUUGGACUAUUACUGUUGACACUCGUUCACUGGGUCUUUGUUUUAAUAUAUAUAUAUUUAUAUAUAUUUAAUCAGAUUUCCCGCAACUGCACCCUAAGGGAGGAAUACCGAGACAUUUGGCUGCAAAAAAGGGAAAAAAAAAACAAGCAUAAAAUCAAUCAGAACUCCAUCAUGGGCUGCCCCCUCUUGCGGAACGUGUUUGCUGCUCUGAUUCUGGUUCUGCUGUCUAAAGGGUCCAGCGUGCACGGAGCAGAAUUCGGGCACCUGCCGGACAACAUUACAGUGCUGGAAGGCGAAAGCGUUACUUUGAGAUGCCGUAUUGACGAGGAGGUGACCCACAAGGCCUGGCUGAACCGCUCUAAUAUCCUUUUCACGGGGACAGAUAAGUGGUCUCUGGAUAGGCGUGUGACACUGGUCAAUAGCAACAACAGCGACUUCUCCAUUCAUAUUGACAAGGUGCAAGUAACCGACGAGGGGCCCUACACCUGCACCUUCCAGGCCAAUAACAAGCCGCGCAUCGUUCAUGUCUACCUCAUUGUUCAAGUGCCAGCCAGAAUCGUCAACAUCUCAAAAAAUGUGUCAGUGAACGAGGGAGAGAAUGUAAACCUCUAUUGUCUGGCAGUCGGCCGGCCUGAGCCCACUGUCACCUGGAAAGAACAGAAAUAUGGGACGUUGCGUGAGGGGGAGUUCCUGGAGAUCACGGAGAUCACAAGGCAGCAGGCGCAGGACUACGAAUGUAUCACCAACAAUGGUGUGGCCCCUCCAGACCAGCGUAAGGUCAUAGUCACAGUCAACUACCCUCCCAUGAUCACAGACAUGAAAAACAUGCCAGCCCAUUUGGGGAAGACAGCCAUCUUGCGCUGUGAAGCCAUGGCAGUCCCGCCGGCCUCCUUUGAGUGGUACAGGGAUGAUCAUAGGCCGGUAGAGAGUGACAACACCCUAAGGAUCAAAAAUGAGAAGACACGCUCGCUGUUGCUAUUCACCAAUGUGACAGAGAAACAUUUUGGCAACUACACCUGCUUUGCCUCAAACCGUCUGGGGGCUUCCAACGCCAGUAUGCUGCUGUUUAGACCGGGGGCCCUACAGGGGCGAGGGACCGGUUUACACGCAGGGAUAAGUGUCAUCGUGUGCGUUUGGGUUUCCCUCUCUGCUGCUCUUCUGCUGAAGGUGUAAUGAUCAAACUCCACCUGGAAACGUCCCUGAGCACCCCACCUCUCCCUCCCCGCCCUCUCUCCCACUCAACGGAAGGAAAACGGAAAUGAAAUUCUUUAAUUGCGAACCCAUCACUGUGAACAAAAAGAAUAUGCAUUAUUCCAGGAGCCAUUGAAUCAUUGCAUCAAACGCAAAACUCCCCCCAU